CAGCGGUUUAAAGCAGAUCCAGUCAGUUCAGUCAGUCAGACUCAUCGGCAAAAUGGAAAACAACGAGCAGUCAAAAGUGGACGAAAGAUAUGGAUAUUUAGAAAACUGUGUGUUAAAAGCGUUUAAUCUAAAGUCUGACCGCUGGCAAAAAUGUCUUGCCGUAGAAGAACAGCGAGAGGUCAUUCAGGACUUUUUAGAUAAAGCUGACCAGACGACUCUCGUCGUGACACUCAACAGCUCCUCAGGACAGCUGAUCCCAAAUCUCGGUUUCUCGGGACGCGGGAAAAACAAAUCUCUUUAUUUUCUGAAAGAGAGCAAAACAGUGCUGUCCGUCAAUACCAUGAAAACACACUUAACUUGGGGUAGUAUGUCUCAUUCUCCUUUGGAGGAGCUCUCGGUGCUUUUGGAUAAGCUUGUGGAACCACAACUGUCCAAUAUGCAGAACAACCGGGACGUUCCUCAGGUUGUUUCUCAGGACCUCGUGCGACAUGUCCACGAUCUUAAGAACAAAGUGUUUGUCAUGAUUGGAAAAGUCAAAGGCAAAACGUACCUUCCUUUGCCUUCAGGAUUGGAGAAGCUCGGGCAAGUUCCUCAUGAAGGAGAUAAGAGUUUGCAACACGUGGAUAGAAGCCUGAUUUAUUCCAUGGAGACGGUUGUGGUUGACUGGACUAAUCAGGUGUAUAAGGUCCUGAAGAAGGACUCCUCAGAGCCGUUGCUUGAGGGCACAAACCCGACUCCUCACGCAGAGCUGAGCUUCUGGAAGAACAGGCUUGAUGAUCUUCAGGGCAUUCACAGUCAGCUCCAGGCACCUACAGUGGCCACACUGGCUGAGGUCCUGCAUGCCAUCGACAGCUGUUAUUAUCCUGCUUUUGCAAAAAUGCUCCGGGAUGUUGAGGAAGCUCUAAAUGAGGCGAAGAACAUCAAUGCCUUCCUCAAGUCGAUGGAGAAGCGUUUGGAAGAUGUGGAGGGUGCAGAGUUCAGUGAGGUGAAGGGGAAGAUUGCUGGUCUCAUGCACACAGUGUGUCUGAUCUGGGCGAACUCCAAAUACUACAACAAACCGGCCCGAGUCAUCGUGCUUUUACAGGAGAUCUGCAACCUCCUCAUCCAGCAGGCCCGGAGUUUCCUGAACCCAGAAGACGUCCUGAAAGGAGACGUGCAGGAGAGCCUCCAGCGAGUGCAGACGGCUGUAGAUGUGCUGACAUACUUCAGGAACACAUACGAGGACCGAAGGGCCAACCUGAGUCAGUACCAGAGGCCCGAGAACACGGUUCUGCCGUGGGAUUUCUCCCCACUCAUGGUGUUUGUUGGGCUGGAGCACUUCAUGAAGAGACUGAGAGCAAUCGAAACUCUCCUGCUGACUGUAGUUGACAUGAUGAAGCUGGAGAAGGUCGAGUUUGGAGGGAUUCAAGGAAAGUCUCUCUGCCAUAAAGUCCAGCUCUUACAUAAAUCCUUCUUGGAGAAAUACAAGACUUUCUCAGAGAAGCCGUACGACUGCCUUGAUGUUUGUAAUUUGGAGUUUGAAGCAGAUUUAAUGAAGCUCCAGCUCACGGUGGACGGUUCUGACCAGCAAUUGGGUGCAAUCUUUGGUCUUGCUUUUGAUGAUGCUUCUGGACUGGAGGAGGCUUUCAAGGUUUUGUUCAUGUUUGGCAGACUGUUGGAACGACCCCUGAUAGCAGCCGAUGCUCACACUAGAUAUCCCAGGCUGAUCAAAAUGUUUGACGAGGAACUGGAAUGUUGCAAGAUGAUCUUCAAAAAUCAGAUGCAGAAAGAGGAAACCCAGGGUUACUCUCCUGUCUUCAAGAACAUGCCUGUGGUUUCUGGAGGAUUAAGAUUUGUCCAACAAUUGCAGGAACGCAUACAAAGCCCUUACAAUAACUUCAGAUUCAUCAACUACCCGUGUCUGGAGUCUGUGGAUGGAAAGGAGGUGAUCGAGAAAUACGAUGAGCUGAUGCAGCAAUUCAAACGAUACUCCUCUAAACUGUAUGACUUCUGGACUAGCUCUGUGGCCGAGAAGUCACAGUUCAAUCUCCAGAAGCCGCUGAUAUCCCGAGACCACCGCACGAGACUCAUCUCCGUCAACUUCAGCCCGCAGCUGGUGUCGGUUCUGCGGGAGGUGAAGUACCUGAAGGCCAGGCAGGCUGAAGCCAUCCCAGAUAUGGCUGAUGACAUCUAUUCCAAGAGGGAGUUGCUGUGGCAGUAUGUGGCCAAUCUGGAGCUCACAACCAACUGGUACAACAGAGUGAUGAGCAACGUGUUAGAGGUGGAGAUGCCCCUGAUCCAGAGCCAGCUGACAGACAUCGAUGCCAAGCUGGAAGAAGCGGAGAACAGCCUCUGCUGGACAAGCCAAGGAAUUUGGGAAUACAUCCAGGACAAACGUGAGCUGGUACAUGACUUGGAGCAACGGCUACAGAGGACCAAGGACAAUGUGGAGGAGAUCCAGACCAUCAUGAAGAGCUGGACUACGCCAGUGUUUGAAAGGAAGGAGGGGAAGAAAGAUACUCUCUUAAACCUGGAUGAUAAGACCGAGCGUCUGGAGAGAACGUACAACCACAUCCGAGCCUCCGGAGCCAGGAUCCAUCUGUUACUGAAAGACAAUUUGUCACUCUUUAAAGCAGACCCGUCCUCUGCACAGUGGAGGAUUUAUGUGGAAUACAUUGAUGAAAUGCUCAUCGACGGUUUCUUCGAUGCUAUUGAGAGCUCCCUCAAGUUCUUCAUGGAAAACACAGACCAGAAGGCUGGCUUCGACCCUCUCUUCGAGGCCCAGCUGUGUCUGCAGGCUCCGGAGAUCAUAUUCCGCCCGUCUCUGGAGUCGGAGGCUUCAGACGGCUUCCCUCAUCUGGUGGAGAGCCUCAUCAAUGAUGUCUUUAGGAUCUCCACGCUUGUGCCACGGUUAUCUGAGCACAUCGGGUUCCCACACUAUCAGGCUGAUAUGGAGGACAUGCUGGAUCUGGCAGGAAUGAGGCAAAUUCUUUCGGAGCGUGUGAAGAAAAUCAUGGGAAAGUGCCUUGAGUACCGCAACACCCUCGAGCGCUACGCCUACCUGUACGUGGAUGACCGGGCGGAGUUCAUGCAGCAGUUCCUGCUGUACGGGCACAUCCUCACGAGUGACGAGGUCGAGGCCCACGCUGAGCACGGCGUCCCAGAAGCCCCUCCCACGCUCGAGCACUUCCGCCAGCAGGUCGACUCGUACGAGCGCCUGUACGAAGAGGUGCAGCGACUGGAGCCCAUACAUGUGUUCGAGGGCUGGAUGAGGGUGGACGCUCGUGCCUUUAAAUCUGCCCUGCUCAACGUCAUCAAGAAGUGGAGCUUGAUGUUCAAACAGCAUCUCAUCGAUCAUGUGACGAACAGUCUGUCCGACCUGGAAGAGUUCAUCAGAGUGACGGAGACUGGAUUUGGACAGAAAGUGGAGGAGGGCGACUAUGACGGUCUGAAGGAGAUCAUGGGUUUCCUGAUGGGGGUGAAAGACCGGCAGAGCGCUACAGACGAGAUGUUCGAGCCUCUGCAACACACCAUCGAUCUGCUGAAGACUUAUGAACAAGAACUGCCAGAUGUGGUUUACAAGCAGCUUGAGGUGCUGCCAGAGAAGUGGACCAACAUGAAGAAGCAGGCUGUGGGGGUGAAGCAGCACGUGGCCCCGCUGCAGGCUAGCGAGGUGGCGAACCUGCGCAGGAAAUGUGCCUCGUUCGAUGUGGAGCAACACGCCUUCAGGGAGCAGUUCCGCAAGAAUGACUUCUUCAGAUUUGACUGUGUGAAUCCGCAUGAGAUGCUGGACGCCGCACACGAACAGAUCCAGGAGAUGGAUACUAUGAUGGCUGGGCUCAUUGAGUCGGCUAACCUCUUUGAAGUGAACAUAUCAGACUAUAAACAGCUGAAGCAGUGCCGAAAAGAGCUGCCCAUCCUCAAGGAGCUGUGGGAUCUGGUGCUGGUGGUGCAGUCGUGUCUGGACGCCUGGCAGAUGACGCCCUGGAGGCAGAUCAACGUGGAUGACAUGGAGAUGGAGUGCAAGCGCUUCUCCAAAGAGCUGCGAGCGCUGGACAAAGAGGCUCGCUCGUGGGACGCCUUCAGUGGACUCGACGGCACCGUGAAGAACACGCUGAUCUCGCUGAGAGCCGUCGCCGAGCUCCAGAACCCGGCCAUCCGACCGCGCCACUGGCUCCAGCUGAUGAACGCCACCGGGGUCCACUUCACCAUGGACCAGGACACCACGCUGGCCGACCUGCUGCGCCUCAACCUGCACCACUUCGAGGACGAGGUGCGGGGCAUCGUGGACCGGGCCGUGAAGGAGAUGGGCAUGGAGAAGGUGCUCGGCGAGCUGGACGCCACCUGGACCAGCAUGGCCUUCGACUUCGAGCCUCACCCACGCACCGAGAUUCCUCUGCUGAAGUCCAACGAGGAGCUCAUCGAAACGCUGGAGGACAACCAGGUGCAGCUGCAGAACCUCAUGACAUCCAAGUACAUCGCGUUCUUCUUGGAGGAGGUUUCCACGUGGCAGAAAAAGCUCUCGGUGACUGACUCUGUGAUCUCCAUCUGGUUUGAAGUGCAGAGGACUUGGUCUCACCUGGAGAGCAUCUUUAUCGGAUCGGAUGACAUUCGCUCUCAGCUACCCGAGGAUUCCAAACGCUUUGACGGUAUCGAUAUUGAUUUUAAAGAGCUGGCACUGGAUGCCAGAAAAACACCGAACGUCGUGGAGGCCACCAAUAAACCCGGGCUCUACAGCAAACUAGAGGGCAUGCAGAGCAGAUUGUCUCUGUGUGAAAAAGCCCUGUCUGAGUAUCUGGACACCAAACGCUUGGCCUUUCCACGCUUCUACUUCAUCUCCUCAGCGGACCUGCUCGACAUCCUGUCCAGCGGCACUGACCCGCACCAGGUUCAGAAACAUCUUUCAAAGUUGUUUGACAAUAUGGCGAGGUUGAAGUUUGAGACGGACGGCGACGGCAACCUCACCAAGACGGGGCUGGGCAUGUUCAGCAAGGAGGACGAGUACGUCCCCUUCAGUCAGCCCUGCGACUGCACUGGGCAGGUGGAAGUGUGGCUGAACCGUGUCCUGGACUCCAUGCGUGACACUGUGCGUCACGAGAUGACCGAGGCCGUCGCGGCCUAUACAGAGAAGCCCCGGGAGCAGUGGCUGUUCGACUACCCGGCACAGGUGGCUCUCACCUGCACUCAGAUCUGGUGGUCGACUGAUGUAGGUAUUGCGUUCUCCAGCCUGGAGCAGAGAUAUGAGAACGCAAUGAAGGAACACUACAAAAAGCAAGUGAGUCAGUUAAACACCCUCAUCACCAUGCUGAUUGGCCAGCUCACGCCUGGAGACCGGCAGAAAGUCAUGACCAUCUGCACCAUCGACGUCCAUGCGAGAGACGUGGUGGACAAAAUCAUUGUGCAGAAGGUGGAGAGCUCUCUGGCCUUCCUCUGGCUGUCCCAACUGCGGCACCGCUGGGGUGAGAAGGAGAAGCACUGCUUCGCUAACAUCUGCGACGCACAGUUCCUCUACUCGUACGAGUAUCUGGGCAACACUCCUCGAUUGGUUAUCACUCCGCUCACAGACAGAUGCUACAUCACACUGACCCAGUCACUGCAUCUGGUCAUGAGCGGAGCCCCGGCUGGACCCGCCGGCACCGGCAAAACCGAGACCACCAAGGACCUGGGCCGAGCCCUGGGCAUCAUGGUCUACGUGUUCAACUGCUCCGAGCAGAUGGACUACAAGUCAUGUGGCAACAUCUACAAAGGCCUGGCACAGACCGGAGCCUGGGGCUGUUUCGACGAGUUCAACCGGAUCUCGGUGGAGGUGCUGUCUGUGGUGGCGGUGCAGGUCAAAAGUAUUCAAGAUGCCAUUCGAGACAAGAAGAAGAGGUUUAACUUCAUGGGCGAGGAUGUAAACCUGGUCCCUUCGGUGGGCAUCUUCAUCACCAUGAACCCCGGAUACGCCGGCAGGACCGAGCUGCCCGAGAACCUCAAGGCUCUCUUCAGGCCGUGUGCGAUGGUGGUGCCAGACUUCGAGCUCAUCUGUGAGAUCAUGUUGGUGGCAGAGGGUUUCAUCGAGGCUCGACUUUUGGCCAGAAAAUUCAUCACUCUCUACCAGCUCUGCAAAGAGUUGCUCUCCAAACAGGAUCACUAUGACUGGGGUCUGCGGGCCAUUAAGUCAGUGCUGGUGGUGGCCGGUUCCCUGAAGAGAGGAGAUCCACGCAGACCCGAGGACCAGGUGCUGAUGAGAGCCCUGAGAGACUUCAACGUCCCGAAGAUCGUGACCGACGACAUGCCGGUGUUCAUGGGCCUCAUCGGGGACCUCUUCCCGGCCCUCGACGUGCCCCGCAAGCGGGACCUGGACUUCGAGAAAUUUGUCAAGCAGUCCGUGCUGGACCUCAAACUGCAGGCCGAGGACAACUUUGUGCUGAAGGUGGUUCAGCUGGAGGAGCUGCUGGCCGUUCGUCACUCCGUGUUCGUGGUGGGAAACGCCGGCACCGGGAAAUCCCAGGUCCUCAAAUCUCUCCACAAGACGUAUCAGAACAUGAAGCGCAGGGCGGUCUGGGCCGAUCUCAACCCUAAAGCGGUGACCAACGACGAGCUGUUCGGCAUCAUCAACCCGUCCACGCGCGAGUGGAAGGACGGCCUGUUCUCUAAUAUCAUGCGUGAGCUGGCCAACAUCAGUCACGCCGGGCCCAAGUGGAUAGUCCUGGACGGGGAUAUCGACCCGAUGUGGAUUGAGUCGCUGAACACAGUAAUGGAUGAUAACAAGGUGCUGACGCUGGCCAGUAAUGAGCGGAUCCCUCUGAACCCCACCAUGAGGCUUGUGUUUGAGAUCAGUCAUCUACGCACAGCCACGCCAGCCACCGUGUCCAGAGCCGGUAUCCUGUACAUCAACCCUGCAGAUCUGGGCUGGAACCCGCCGGUGUCGAGCUGGAUCGACCGCAGAGAAGUGCAGUCCGAGAAGGCAAACCUCACCAUCCUGUUCGACAAGUACCUCCCAUCAUGCCUCGACACGCUCCGGUCAAGGUUUAAGAAGAUCAUCCCCAUCCCUGAGCAGAGUUUGGUGCAGAUGCUGUGCUUCCUCCUGGAGUGUCUCCUCGUCCCAGAACACACUCCUCCUGACAGCCAUAAGGAUCUGUACGAGCUCUACUUCGUGUUCGCCGCCGUCUGGGCCUUCGGAGGAACCAUGUUCCAGGAUCAGCUCGUGGAUUACAGGCUGGAGUUCAGCAAGUGGUGGGUGACGGAGUUCAAAAGCGUGAAGUUUCCGGCUCAAGGCACCGUGUUCGAUUACUACAUUGAUCCCGAGAGCAAAAAAUUUGAGCCAUGGUCAAAAAUGGUUCCGAAGUUUGUGAUGGAUCCGGAAAUACCUCUGCAAGCCUGCCUCGUCCACACCACCGAGACCAUCCGCGUGCGCUACUUCAUGGACCGGCUGCUGGAGCGGCGGCGUCCCAUCAUGCUCGUGGGCAACGCUGGCACCGGGAAGUCGGUUCUGGUGGGAGACAAGCUGGGCUCUCUGGACCCGGAGAAAUACGCCAUCAAAAACGUCCCGUUCAACUACUACACCACCUCAGCCAUGUUACAGGCGGUCCUGGAGAAGCCCUUAGAGAAGAAGGCGGGCCGCAACUACGGGCCGCCCGGCAGCAAGAGGCUCGUCUACUUCAUCGAUGACAUGAACAUGCCGGAGGUGGACGAGUACGGCACGGUCCAGCCGCACACCAUGAUCCGCCAGCACAUGGACUACAACCACUGGUACGACAGGAGCAAGCUGCAGCUGAAGGAGAUCCACAAUGUGCAGUACGUGUCCUGCAUGAACCCCACCGCCGGCAGCUUCACCAUCAACCCUCGCCUGCAGAGGCAUUUCUCUGUGUUUGCGCUGUCGUUCCCUGGAGUGGAGGCGCUGAACACCAUCUACUGCAGCAUCCUGAACCAGCACCUGAGCGGAGAGGGCUUCGCCUCGGCCCUGCAGAAGAGCAGCUCUCAGCUGGUCACGCUGGCACUCGCCUUCCACCAGCGCAUCACCGCCAGCUUCCUGCCCACCGCCAUCAAGUUCCACUACAUCUUCAACCUCCGCGACCUCUCCAACAUAUUCCAGGGAAUCCUGUUCUGCACCGGCGAGUGUGUGCGCACCCCCCAGGACCUCUUGAAGAUCUACCUGCACGAGUCCAACCGGGUCUACCGAGACAAGAUGGUGGACGACAGAGACUUCGCCCUCUUUGACAAACUGCAGUCAGACACGGUGAAGAAGUUCUACCAGGACAUGGAGGAGACUCUGGUGGAGGCCACGGCCAUGAACAUGUUCUGCCACUUCGCCACGGGCAUCGGGGAACCCAAAUACAUGCCGGUGCAGUCCUGGGGGAGCCUGAACAAAACCCUGCUGGAAGCGCUCGACGGCUACAACGAGGUCAACGCGGCUCUGAACCUGGUUCUGUUCGAGGACGCCAUGGCUCAUAUCUGCCGGAUCAAUCGGAUCCUGGAGUCUCCUCGGGGGAACGCUCUGCUGGUGGGAGUGGGCGGCAGUGGGAAGCAGAGCCUGACGAGACUGGCGGCCUUCAUCAGCUCCCUCGAGGUCUUCCAGAUCACGCUGAAGAAGGGAUACGGCAUCCCUGAUCUAAAGAGCGAUUUGGGGGCGUUAUACGUUAAAGCUGGCGUGAAGAAUAUUGGCAUGGUGCUCCUCAUGACAGACGCCCAGGUCGCAGAUGAGAAGUUCCUAGUGUUGGUGAACGACCUUUUAGCAUCUGGUGAAAUCCCUGACCUGUUCCCUGACGACGAGGUGGAGAACAUCAUCUCUUCUUUAAGGAAUGAAGUGCGUGGUCAGGGUCUGAUGGACACCAGGGAAAACUGCUGGAAGUUCUUCAUCGACCGCGUCCGUAGGCAACUCAAAGUGGCGCUGUGCUUCUCUCCGGUGGGAAGUAAACUCCGCGUGCGCAGCAGAAAGUUCCCCGCGGUCGUGAACUGCACCGCCAUCGACUGGUUCCACGAGUGGCCACAGGAGGCGCUGGAGUCCGUCAGUCUGCGCUUCCUGCAGGACGUGGAGCACAUCCAGCCCGAGGUGAAGGACUCUGUGAGUAAGUUCAUGGCUUACGUACACGUGAGCGUGAACAAGACGUCGAAGGACUACCUGUCGAACGAGCGGCGCUACAACUACACCACGCCGAAGUCGUUCCUGGAGCAGAUCAAGCUGUACGGGAACCUGCUCGCGCUCAAGAGGAGAGACCUCACGUCCAAGAUGGAGCGGCUGGAGAACGGCCUGGAGAAGCUCAACAGCACCACAGCGCAGGUGGACGACCUGAAGGCCAAGCUCGCGGCGCAGGAGGUGGAGCUGAAGCUGAAGAACGAGAGCGCUGAUAAACUGAUCCAGGUCGUGGGAGUGGAGACGGAGAAGGUGGCGAAGGAGAAGACCGUGGCUGAUGACGAGGAGAGGAAGGUGGCCAUCAUCGCGGAGGAAGUGAUGCGCAAACAGAGAGACUGUGAGGAGGACCUGGCUAAAGCCGAGCCGGCGCUCAUAGCGGCUCAAGAGGCUCUCAACACUCUCAACAAGAACAAUCUGACGGAGCUGAAGUCGUUCGGUGCGCCUGUGGCCGCUGUGACGAACGUGACGGCCGCGGUGAUGGUGCUAGCGGCUCCCGGCGGCCGCGUCCCCAAAGACCGCAGCUGGAAGGCAGCCAAAGUGAUGAUGGCGAAGGUCGACGCCUUCCUCGAUUCGCUGAUCAAUUUCAAAAAGGAAAACAUUCACGAGAACUGCCUCAAAGCCAUCAGGCCGUACCUGCAGGACCCAGAGUUCCAGCCGGAGCUCAUCGCAGCCAAGUCCAACGCCGCCGCGGGCCUGUGCUCCUGGGUCAUCAACAUCGUGAAGUUCUACGAGGUGUACUGCGAGGUGGAGCCCAAGAGACAAGCGCUGAGCAAAGCUAACUCUGACCUGGCCACCGCGCAGGACAAGCUGUCCGUCAUCAAGGCGAAGAUCAACCAACUGAACGAGAACUUGGCGAAGCUGAUGGCUAAGUUUGAGAAGGCCACGACAGACAAGCUGCGGUGCCAACAGCAGGCCGAGACCACGGCGCUCACCAUCGCUCUCGCUAACCGCCUGGUCGGGGGUCUGGCGUCUGAGAACGUGCGCUGGGCCGAAGCGGUGAAGACCUUCAAGGGUCAGGAGGAGACUCUGUGUGGAGACGUGCUCCUCAUCACUGCAUUCGUCUCGUAUCUGGGAUAUUUCACCAAGCGCUACCGGCUGGAGCUGAUGGACAACAGCUGGAGGCCGUACCUCAGCCAGCUCAAGGUGCCGAUCCCGGUGACUCCCGGCCUGGACCCGCUCACCAUGCUCACGGACGACGCCGACAUCGCCACCUGGCAGAACGAGGGGCUCCCGGCGGACCGCAUGUCCACGGAGAACGCCACGAUCCUCACCAGCUGCGAGCGCUGGCCCCUCAUGGUGGACCCGCAGCUCCAGGGCAUCAAGUGGAUCAAACACCGGUACGGGGAGGACCUGCGCAUCAUCCGGAUCGGCCAGAGAGGGUAUCUGGACUCCAUCGAGAGGGCUUUAUCUGUGGGGGAAGUCGUCCUGAUCGAGAACCUGGAGGAGGCGGUGGAUCCGGUGCUCGGGCCGCUGCUCGGCCGGGAAACCAUAAAGAAAGGACGCUACAUAAAGAUUGGCGACAAGGAGUGCGAGUACAACCCCAGUUUCCGGCUGAUCCUUCACACGAAGCUGGCGAACCCUCACUACCAGCCGGAGCUGCAGGCUCAGUGUACGCUGGUGAACUUCACCGUGACCCGGGACGGGCUGGAGGACCAGCUCCUGGCAGCCGUGGUCAGCAUGGAGAGACCGGACCUGGAGGAGCUCAAGUCAAACCUCACAAAGCAGCAGAACGGCUUCAAAAUCACUUUGAAAACUCUGGAGGACAACCUGCUCUCACGCCUGUCCUCGGCGUCCGGGAACUUCCUCGGGGACAUCGAGCUGGUGGAGAACCUGGAGAUCACCAAGAGAACAGCGGCUGAGAUUGAAGUCAAGGUGAAGGAGGCGAAGGUGACGGAGGCCGAGAUCAACGACGCCAGAGAACACUACCGUCCAGCGGCGGCCCGAGCCUCGCUCCUCUACUUCAUCAUGAACGACCUCAAUAAGAUACACCCCAUGUACCAGUUCUCUCUCAAGGCGUUCAGCGUGGUGUUUCAGAAGGCCGUACUGAAAGCUGAGCCCGAUGAGAGCUUGAAGCAGCGAGUCUUAAAUCUGAUCGACAACAUCACGUCAUCGGUGUUCCAGUACACAACCCGCGGGCUCUUCGAGUGCGACAAGCUCACAUACACCGCCCAGCUGGCCUUCCAGGUGUUGCUCAUGAGUAAAGAGAUCAAUCCCCGAGAGCUGGACUUCCUGUUGCGUUACCCAGUGCUUCCUGGAGUGACAUCACCGGUGGACUUCCUGUCCGAUCACUCCUGGGGCGGCAUUAAAUCUCUCUCUGCCAUAGAGGAGUUUCAUAACCUGGACCGGGACAUCGAAGGCUCGGCUAAGCGCUGGAAGAAGUUUGCGGAGUCCGAGUGUCCUGAGAAGGAGAAGUUCCCCCAGGAGUGGAAGAGCAAGACGUCUCUCCAGAGACUGUGUAUGAUGCGUGCGCUGCGACCCGACAGAAUGACCUACGCCGUCAGGGACUUCGUGGAGGAGAAGCUGGGCAGUAAAUAUGUGGUGAGCCGCUCGCUGGACUUCGCUGUGUCGUACGAGGAGUCGGGAGCCGCCACUCCCAUGUUCUUCAUCCUAUCUCCCGGAGUCGACCCGCUGAAGGACGUGGAGAAGCACGGAAGAAAACUGGGGUACACCUUCGACAACAAGAACUUCCACAACGUGUCUCUGGGCCAGGGUCAGGAGGUGGUGGCGGAGCAGGCUCUGGAUACGGCAGCCCGAGAGGGACACUGGGUGAUCCUGCAGAAUAUCCACCUGGUGUCGAAGUGGCUGGGCGCGCUGGAGAAGAAGCUGGAGCAGCACGCGGAGGGCAGUCACCCGAGCUUCCGGGUGUUCGUCAGCGCCGAGCCGUCCUCCACGCCCGAGGGCCACAUCAUUCCUCAGGGCAUCCUGGAGAACUCCAUCAAGAUCACCAACGAGCCGCCCAUGGGCAUGCAUGCCAACCUGCACAAAGCCCUGGACAACUUCAACCAGGACACGCUGGAGCUGUGUGCGCGUGAGCUCGAGUUUAAGAGCAUCUUGUUCGCCCUGUGCUACUUCCACGCCGUAGUGGCGGAGCGACGGAAGUUCGGCCCUCAGGGGUGGAACAGGAGUUACCCGUUCAACACCGGCGACCUGACCAUCUCCGUCAACGUGCUCUACAACUACCUGGAGGCCAACAGCAAGGUGCCCUUCGAUGACCUGCGCUACCUCUUCGGGGAGAUCAUGUACGGGGGUCACAUCACUGAUGACUGGGACCGCAGGCUCUGCAGGACAUACCUGGAGGAGUUUAUCAAGCCCGAGAUGAUGGACGGGGAGCUGUACCUCGCACACGGCUUCCGUCUGCCGGGGAACAACGACUACAACGGCUAUCAUCAGUACAUCGACGCGGCUCUCCCGCCCGAGUCCCCGUACCUGUACGGCCUGCACCCGAACGCAGAGAUCGGGUUCCUCACGCAGACCUCGGAGAAGCUCUUCAGAACCGUGCUGGAGAUGCAGCCCAGAGACGGCGGAUCCGGAGAGGGGGCGUCCGGCUCGCGCGACGACAAGGUUAAAGCCGUGCUUGAUGAGAUUCUGGAGAAGCUUCCGGAAGAGUUCAACAUGACUGAGAUGAUGGGGAAGGUGGAGGAGAGAACGCCGUAUAUCGUCGUGGCAGUCCAGGAGUGCGAGCGCAUGAACGUCCUCACACAAGAGAUCAAACGCUCUCUGAAGGAGCUCAGUCUGGGCCUGAAGGGCGAGCUCACGAUGACCAACGACAUGGAGAACCUCCAGAACGCGGUGUACCUGGACCAGGUGCCGGACUCCUGGACCAAGCGAGCGUACCCGUCCAUGUGUGGCCUGGGCAUCUGGUUCGUGGACCUGCUGACCCGCAUCCGCGAGCUGGAGACCUGGACCUCGGACUUCAGCCUGCCGGCGGUGGUGUGGCUCGCCGGCUUCUUCAACCCGCAGUCCUUCCUCACGGCCAUCAUGCAGUCCAUGGCCCGGCGCAACGAGUGGCCGCUGGACCGCAUGAGCCUGCAGUGCGACGUGACCAAGAAGAGCCGAGAGGAGUUCAGCACGCCGCCCCGAGAGGGAGCCUACAUCCACGGGCUCUUCAUGGAGGGAGCGCGCUGGGAGCCGCAGGCUGGGAUCAUGGUGGAUGCCCGUCUGAAGGAGCUGACGCCCGCGAUGCCUGUGAUAUUCAUCAAGGCGAUCCCGGUAGACAAGCAGGACCUGCGCAGCCUGUACCAGUGCCCUGUCUAUAAGACCCGGCAGCGCGGGCCCACGUACGUGUGGACCUUCAACCUCCGGACCAAAGACAGCCCGUCCAAGUGGACCCUCGCUGGCGUCGCCCUGCUGCUGCAGAUUUGAGUGCAGGAGUUCAUGAUUUAUAUCAUAUAUG